UAAUCCUACAAUUUAUAUGAAAUCUGAUUUUACUGCAUGACGGGCUGCCCAAGUGAAAAUUCUCUAUAUAAAGACAACUCUAUAGCUUUGUAACCUCACACAUAAUCUAAAGAAACAUCUCUUUAACUAGAGGUGAUUCAAGAAAAUGGCUGAAAAAAGAAAAAGACUGGAGCCUAAUUUGGAUUUGUCCCUUAAAAGUCCAGCAGAUCCAGAGGAACCAAGUAAUAAGGUCCUAAGCCUUGAUGAAGCAAUCGAUUUUGAAUUGAAGCAUGGUUAUGUUGACCCCGACAUGGAUUUGAAGAAGCUCAGAAGGAUUAUAUCGAAUCGAUUGUCUGCGCAAAGAACCUAUAUUAAGAGGAAUGAAUACAUUGUUGAAUUGGAAAAGAAGGUGAAAGAUCUCGAGGAUAAGUUAGCUAUCAUGACACCAGAAAUGGAAAAUGUGAAAGGCAGAAAUAAGAUGUUGAGGCUGGAGGCAAAAAUGUUGCAAGAACAGUUGGAUAUCAGUACCAACAUAUAUGAACUACGCACUGAGCAAAUGGAAGAGAUGAAACUUGAAUUGAGGAGGCUUAAGGAACUUGAAAAGGCUUUGAAAAGAAAAUCAUAGUCCUAUUCAUUUGUUGGUGAUUACAAGGUUCCAAUUCUUACGAGUCAGAAUCGGAUGGAGUGAUAGACAUGGAGCAAGGCAUAGACCAGUGUCUCAACUUGGAUGCCAUGAACUUUUACCCACCCAAGAAUGACUAAGAUGUGAACCAAUUAUGAACAAGUAAUAUUAUGUACUUUGUGGGAUUAUUCCUUUUUUUUUUUUUCCUUUUAUGUGAUGGGGGUGUUGUUGUGUGUGGGGCGGAGGCCGGGGGUUGAGGUUAUGUAUUUUCAUUAUGCAAUUUAGAAGUAUCGAAUUUUCAUUCCUAGUGUUUGAAAAUGUUAUGAAAAUCCAUGUCAAGAUUUUUAAAUAGGCGUAAUUUUUUAUUUUUUA